UGCCUCGUCUCCUCAAACGGAAACAAAACAAAAAAAAAAUCCCAUUUCUGCCAUUCGGUAAAAGACUCUCUCUCUCUCUCUCUCUCUCUCUCUCUCUCUCUCUCAAAUCGCGUUUCUCCUUGUUUCGAUUUUCAAUCGAAUGCAGAAGUCAAACGAUUCUAGAAAAAAAAAAAAAUGUCAUUUUGAUGAGAUUCGAAACUCUGCUGACAGAGACUGAGGGAUCUUAUCUUUCAACUGAAAGCGUUGAAGCAAAGAGUGCCCACUACCAACCUACGGGCUCAUACAGUGGAUGGUCUGGAUUUGGAUUUAGAUACAUGUAUGCCGCAUGUGUGGUGGAUGAGUUGCUGCCGUUAUUUAAGUUUGUAGCGUGGUCGAUUGCAUUGGAAUGUGGGUUGAGAUGGUAAACUCCUGUGAAAAUGAAUUUAGAUUUCAUUCAUCGAGACCUUAGUAACAUGAACGAGUCGAGAGUUUCGAGUAUGAGGGCUCCUCUUGUUCCUCUCGCCACCUUGAUUGGUCGCGAGCUUAGGAAUGAGAAGAUUGAGAAGCCACUGGUCAGGUACGGACAUGCCGCUCUUGCGAAGAAAGGGGAAGACUAUUUCCUGAUAAAACCGGAUUGUCAGAGGAUUCCUGGGAACCCUGCGGCAUCAUUUUCCGUGUUUGCGAUCUUUGAUGGGCACAAUGGCGUAUCUGCUGCUGUAUUCUCAAAAGAGAAUUUGUUGAAUCAUGUUAUGAGCGCGAUUCCUCAAGGAAUUGAUAGGGAAGAGUGGCUUCAAGCCCUUCCUCGAGCACUAGUUGCUGGUUUCGUGAAAACUGACAUAGACUUUCAGCGAAAAGGGGAGACUUCUGGGACUACAGUUACCUUUGUUGUGGUUGAUGGAUUGACUGUGACAGUUGCAUCAGUUGGGGAUUCUCGAUGCAUUUUGGAUACUCAGGGUGGUGUGGUUUCUCUGCUGACGGUUGAUCACAGGCUUGAAGAGAAUGCUGAAGAGAGAGAACGUGUAACUGCAAGUGGGGGUGAAGUGGGUAGGCUCAAUGUUUGUGGGGGUACCGAGGUGGGCCCCCUACGGUGCUGGCCUGGCGGGUUAUGCCUUUCUAGAUCAAUUGGUGAUACUGAUGUGGGUGAGUUCAUUGUCCCGAUACCACAUGUUAAGCAAGUGAAGCUUUCAAAUUCCGGGGGGAGGCUGAUAAUUGCUUCUGAUGGCAUAUGGGAUGCCUUAUCAUCUGAGACGGCUGCACAAUCUUGCCGUGGAUUACCUGCAGAGCUUGCUGCCAAGAUGGUUGUUAAGGAAGCUCUAAGGUCAAGGGGCCUGAAAGAUGAUACAACCUGCGUAGUUGUUGACGUCAUUCCUCCUGACUAUUCCAUUUUACCAUCAUCACCAAAAAAGAAGCAAAAUGUGCUAAGUUCGCUUAUAUUUGGGAAAAAGUCCAGUAAUUCUGUGAAUAAACCGGCGAACAAGCUUUCUUCUGUUGGGGCUGUUGAGGAACUAUUUGAAGAGGGCUCUGCAAUGCUUGCAGAAAGGUUAGGUACUGAUUUUCCAUUUAAGACAAACUCGGGUCUAAUCAAGUGUGCAAUCUGCCAAGUGGAUCAAGCACCAAGCGAGGGUUUAUCUGUUAAUGCAGGCCCAUUCUUCUCACCCACAUCGAAGCCAUGGGAAGGUCCCUUCCUUUGCGCCGACUGCCGUAUAAAGAAGGAUGCCAUGGAAGGAAAACGGCCGAGCCAACCCAAAACGACUGGUUAAAAGACUGCCGAUAGUAUUUUUUCCCCCUCUAGCAGUGUCAUCGUUCGGUUUUUGGUGGUUGCAUGUAAAAAAGGAAAAAAGAAAAGAAAAAAAAAGGGGGUGAUGAUUAGUUGUUCAGGUCUUUGUAAGUUGUUUGAUUUUGGUGUUUGAUGUUUGAUUGAACUAACCAGAAAAGACUAUCUCAGAUUGUGAUAGUUUGAUAGCUAACUGCAUGAAUUUGUAUGGAACAUUGAUUAUUAUAUAGUAACAUUUUUCUAGUGCCUUUUUUUGGUGUCUA